UUAUUCAAAGUCUAGAAGCAAAUUUUAACUUUAGUAACGCGCAAGCGCAUAUAUUGAAACACAGCACAAAAACUGGAUCUCAUCUAAAAACAUUGUCUGUUUGUUGGAAAAUUGUGUCAAAGUGAAAAACUUGUUUUAUUAUUGUGAUUAAAUUUUUCCUUUUUUUUCAUUGAAAUUUUUAACAAUAAGUGAAAAAUUAUUUUCAGUUAAAUUUUCACGUGUGCUUUCAAAUUUAAUAAUUGAAAAUUAAGAGGAAUGUCGUCGGAAGAUAAAUUUCAAUUCGCCAUUGAUAGAGGAGGAACGUUCACUGACGUUUAUGCGAGAUGUCCUGGUGGAAAAGUUAGAGUUAUGAAAUUACUGUCAGUUGAUCCCUCAAAUUAUUUGGAUGCCCCACGAGAAGGAAUUCGAAGAAUUCUUGAACAAGAAACUGGAACUCGUAUGACAAAUGAAGUGGAUACAUCACAAAUUUCAUGGAUAAGAAUGGGAACAACAGUAGCAACAAAUGCAUUAUUAGAAAGGAAAGGUGCAAAAAUGGCUUUAUUAAUAAAUGAAGGAUUUAAAGAUUUACUUUACAUUGGCAAUCAGGCUCGACCAAAUCUUUUUGACUUGAAAAUAAUCACACCAGGCGUAUUAUAUUCUAAAGUAGUUGAAGUAAAGUGCAAAGUAGUUCCAGCAAUGUCGAACCGAUGCCACUUAAAUAAAGAUAAUAAUUGGAGGAAUGUUAAAGGUUGCACUGGAGAGAAUUUGCUUGUAAUGCAAGAACUUGAUGAGGAAACUCUAAAGAAAGAUUUAUUGUCUUUAAAAAAUUUAGGAAUAGAAAGUUUGGCUGUUGUUUUAAUGCACAGUUACACAUUUGCAGAACAUGAAAUUAAGGUGGGUCAAUUAGCAAGAGAAAUGGGAUUUCCACAAGUGUCUCUAUCUCACGAAGUAAUGCCGAUGACAAGAAUUGUUCCGAGAGGCUUCACCACAUGUGCAGAUGCAUAUUUAACACCACACAUCAAAAAUUAUCUUCAGGGUUUCUCGUCAGGUUUUAAGGACAAUUUAAAAGAUGUAAAUGUUCUUUUCAUGCAAAGUGAUGGUGGGUUGACACCAAUGGAUUCAUUCAUUGGAUCAAGAGCGAUACUUUCCGGUCCGGCUGGUGGUGUUGUUGGUUAUGCAAUGACAACUUUUAAUAAAGAAACAAAUUUACCAGUUAUUGGAUUUGAUAUGGGUGGAACUUCAACUGACGUCAGUCGGUAUGGUGGAUCUUAUGAACAUGUUUAUGAAAGUACAACAGCUGGAAUUACAUUUCAGGCUGCUCAGUUAGAUAUCAAUACAGUGGCAGCUGGUGGUGGAUCUAUGCUUUUCUUUAGAUCAGGACUUUUUGAAGUUGGUCCCGAAAGUGCAGGAGCUCAUCCAGGUCCAACUUGUUACAAGAAAAAUGGUCCUUUAACAGUAACUGAUGCUAAUUUAGCGCUUGGUCGUCUUCUACCGGAAUAUUUUCCAAAGAUUUUUGGACCCAAUGAAAAUGAACCUUUAGAUAAAAUUAAAACAAUAGAAGCCUUUAAUAGAUUAACAAAUGAGAUAAAUGAUUUUCUCAUAAAGGAGAAAAUAAAAACUGAAUCGGAAAAAAUGAGUAUUGAAGAAGUUGCAAUGGGAUUUAUUAAAGUGGCAAAUGAAGCAAUGUGUCGACCAAUUCGAUCUCUAACGCAGGGAAAAGGAUAUGAUACAGCACAACAUGUUUUAGCUUGUUUUGGUGGUGCGGGAGGUCAACAUGCUUGUGCAAUUGCACGAUCAUUAGGAAUGAGAUAUGUGUUUGUUCAUAAAUAUGCUGGAAUAUUAUCAGCCUAUGGAAUGGCUCUUGCUGAUGUUGUUGAAGAAUCACAAGAACCAAGUAUAGAGAUUUAUGAAAAAGAAUCCUUUGGACGUUUGGAGAAUCGUUUAAAUUUAUUGGAACAAAAUGUUAAAUCAAAACUCAAGCAACAGGGAUUUUUAGAAAAUCAAAUUCACGUGGAAUAUUUUUUACAUAUGCGAUAUGAAGGAACUGAUUGUGCUCUAAUGGUUACACCAAAUGGAAAACAAAAUCCAAUAGGAGACAAUCCCAAACACGGUGAUUUCUUAUCUACUUUUUUGGAAAGAUAUCAAACGGAAUUUGGAUUUACAAUGCCAAAUAGAAAAAUAUUCGUGAACGACAUUCGAGUACGAGGAAUUGGAAAAACGGACAUAAUUGAAGAUCCAAUUCUUUUAAAAUCAAAGGAGCAAUUAAAAGUUGAAAAAGUGACAAAAACAUUUUUCGACAAUGACUAUCAUGACACGAGGGUAUACAAAUUAGACAGCUUAUCAGCUGGACAUGAGAUAUUUGGUCCAGCCAUUAUUAUGGAUAGCUUGAGUACUUUGUUGAUCGAGCCAAAUUGCUCUGCGUUAAUUACAUCUCGAGGGGAUGUCAAAAUCACAAUUGGCAAAGAUGUUGAGACAAAAGUCACUGCAGAAUUAGAUGCUAUACAACUCAGUAUUUUCUCUCAUCGUUUUAUGAGUAUUGCAGAACAAAUGGGAAGAAUUUUGCAAAGAACGUCAAUAUCAACGAAUAUAAAAGAACGUCUGGACUUUUCAUGUGCAGUUUUUGGACCAGACGGAGGUUUAGUGUCAAAUGCUCCUCAUAUACCUGUUCACUUGGGUGCAAUGCAGGAAACUGUACAGUAUCAAAUAAAAGCCUUUAAUGGCGUCUUUACGCCAGGAGAUGUUAUUCUAGCAAAUCAUCCCUCAGCUGGAGGAUCACAUCUUCCCGAUCUAACUGUGAUUACUCCGGUAUUUUAUAAAAAUGUUCCAAGUCCGGUAUUCUUUGUGGCUAGUAGAGGUCAUCAUGCAGACAUUGGGGGUAUCACUCCUGGAUCAAUGCCACCACAUUCUACUAAAUUAGAUCAGGAAGGUGCUGCAUUUAAGAGCUUUAUUUUAGUUCAUAAAGGAAUUUUUCAAGAAACUAAUUUAAUAGAAGCUCUAAUGGCUCCAGGAAAAAUUCCCGGUAGUUCUGGCACUAGAAAUCUAUCAGACAAUCUCAGUGAUCUAAAAGCCCAAAUUGCUGCUAAUCAAAAAGGAUCAAGUUUAGUAAUUGAGCUAAUAGAUACUUAUGGACUCGAUGUAGUUCAAGCCUAUAUGGGUCACAUUCAACACAAUGCAGAAGUUGCUGUACGAGAAAUGUUAAAAAUUGUGGGAAAAAGAAUUGUUGAUUCAACUGGAUCGUCAAAAGUUAAUGCCGUCGAUUAUCUUGACGAUGGAAGUGCAAUAAAAAUGUGUCUAAAUAUUGAUAUUCAUAAUGGAGAAGCUGUUUGUGAUUUUUCAGGUACUGGUUAUGAAGUUUGGGGUAAUUGGAAUGCACCACGUGCCAUCACAAUUUCAGCAUUAAUUUAUUGUCUACGUUGCAUUGUGGGUAGGGAUAUUCCCUUGAAUCAGGGUUGUUUGAAACCAGUGAAAAUAAUUAUACCAAAAGGUUCAUUACUUGAUCCAUCAGAUGAAGCUGCUGUUGUUGGCGGAAACGUUUUAACUUCACAGCGAAUUGUUGAUGUUGUUCUUCAGGGUUUUGGGGUUUGUGCAGCAUCUCAAGGUUGCAUGAAUAAUAUAACCCUUGGUACCGAAGAAUGGGGUUACUAUGAAACUGUUGCUGGUGGAAGCGGAGCAGGACCAACGUGGAAUGGACGAAGUGGAAUUCACACACAUAUGACCAAUACUAGAAUUACAGAUCCUGAAAUACUCGAAUUACGUUAUCCAGUUAUUUUGAAGAAAUUUUCUCUGAGAAGCGGAAGUGGUGGACGAGGAGCUUUUUCCGGGGGUGAUGGAGUUAUUCGACAAUUGCUGUUUAGAGGACCAAUGACACUCUCCGUUUUAACUGAAAGAAGAGUACAUAAUCCUCCUGGUCUUAAUGGAGGUUCAUCUGGUGCUUGUGGAAUAAAUACUUUAAUCAAAGUGAAUGGAAGAGUUAUUAAUUUAGGUGCAAAAACUGCUGUUCCUGUUACUGCUGGAGAUAUUUUCAUCCUUCAGACACCAGGUGGAGGUGGCUACGGUUUGCCGGGCCAAAAUAUUCAACAUUUUGAAGAAACACAGAAAAGCUUUCUUCAACGUGGUAGCGUUUACGAGUAUAAAAGAGCUCAAGAAUCCGUUUAACAUGAAAUACCACACACACUUGAUAUAUAUAUAUAUACAAAACUUUUAGAACAAGGAAGAAUUAAUAAAAAUUAUAAUAUAUACAAAGCAAUGUUGGAGAUUAUUUCCUAAUUUGUAUUCGCAUUAUGAUAUAUUAUAUAUACAAAUUAAUAAAUUAAAUUUUUUAUUCA